AUGACGAUGACAUACCACAUGGAAGGAUCUGUCAAUGGGCAUUCCUUUACAAUCGAGGGUGAAGGCAGGGGGAAGCCGUACGAGUAAGUCGAUCAACACACCCCCCUUCAUAGUAAAAGGCAACUGAAGAUCUUCACUGUCAUAGGUUUAAGAGAAAUAAGAGUAGUCGUCAAUUUCGGGAUAUUUUUGUGAUGAAAAGUCAAAUUCUCAAAUUAUUUUAAAUUAGCUGCACUGUUAUAAGGCGAGAGAUUCCGAAAACUCAAUCAUACCAAAAGAGAUAUUGUGGCCUUAGGUUCAACAGGAAGCUCUAUGAAUUGUGAAAAUGGUUUUACUAAUCAUCGUAAGUAAAAACCAGAAAAAAAUGUAACUUAUUCUACAUUAUUCAAAAUCAAUAACAACUUUUCUUUGAAUGGCAAAUUUGACACUGAUUAGUCAAAACACGGUGUUAUUCGCAAAUGAUAGGCCACGACGAUCGUCAAUUUUUUGCUGGCCAGGAUCAAACGUCGUUUAUAUUAUCAUAUUUACGCAAACUAUCAUCUCAACAACUCUGCCACUAAAGUGACCUGACAUUAUAUUUCAAAAAUUACUUUUUUCAAUAAUGAUUAAUUAUUACUUUUCUGAAGAAGGAACAAAUAAAAACUAAAUAAAUAAAUAAACCUGUUCAACAGUAUUAAUGAUUCUUUAGGCUAAGUAAGCGGUAUAAAAAGUAUAUUGUUUCGUGAUAGGACUUGCAAUUAAUCUUGUGAAAGGGCGAGAUUAGCAUUGCAGAAUCGAAAUGAAAUUUUAUAUUUAAAUUAUAUAGCAGGCUGUCCUAAGCCCCUAUUGUUAUUUAGUUAAAUUAGACUGAUAAAUGGGCAGUGUUUAGUCUAGUUCUCAAAAGGCUCUUCUCUGCUUUUCUCAUUUAGUUUAAUCGAUUUGUAUUUCAUUCUUGUUGUGUUUUUUUUGUAGGGGAAAACAGAUCUUGACACUGCGAGUAACCAAGGGUGCACCCCUCCCAUUCUCCUUUGACAUAUUGUCGGCUGUGUUUUGCUAUGGUAACAGAGCCUUUACUGAUUAUCCUAAGGGAAUCGUUGACUAUUUCAAGCCAUCAUUUCCUGAAGGAUACUCGUGGGAAAGAACCCUUGAAUUUGAGGAUGGCGGAUCUUGCAUAGCCAGUGUGGAUAUAAGGUAUAAAUUUACUAAUUUUACGAUCAAAGACUCCUAAAAUUUAGAAUUAAUUAAUUAAUUUUAAGAAAGAUAAUAAUAUUGAUAAUAAUAAAAAUAAUAAAAAAUCUAAAUUUUGUUAUUGUCUCAUAAGUACUUUUUACUUCGAUAGCCUUGACAGUAAUAAACGCAACUGCUUUAUCCACAAGUCCACUUUCACUGGGAUGAACUUUCCUGCUGAUGGACCAGUGAUGCAAAAGAGGACAACUAAUUGGGAGCCGUCCGUCCAAAAAAUGACUGUUAGCGAGGGGAUAUUGAAGGGAGACGUUACCAUGUUCCUCUCGCUGAAAGAUGGGAAAAAUCACCGUUGCCAGUUCCAUACGUUAUACAAGUAUGUCUUUUAA